GCAAUAAUCUCAGCUUCAAAACAAAAGGUCACGGUGCAAAAUAAUAAUAAUAAUAAUAAAUACUUAACUGUUUACCUUUUGUUGGUGACAUUUUCAAUGUCCCGUGGUCCGGAGCUGAAAAGCACACUGGACGCAGCAUAAAGUAGCGCCCAGAGCCCAAGAACACAACUGAACGCUGUGUCCAUCCCCACGCGCGCCGUGACGCUUAAAAGCGCAUCAUCACUGGGCCAGUCUCAAUUCUCAGUUUUCUCUCCCUCUCUCGUGCCUGCGCAUUGUUCACUGACAGUUCGCUGAAGAGUGUGGAAGUGACACCGCCAGCUUUGCUUCGCAUUGGAAACUUGUUGAAACUACAGAUUAUGACAAGCAAUAUGCCGGACUUCGCGUUAAGAAGAAAAUGAAAUUCAUUUGUAAACAUUAAUUCAGUUGUUACACGUUUAAAAAGCUUUCCAAAGACUUCUUAUGUCUCUUCUUGGAGGAACGGGCGAACAAGAAGGUGUUCGUUUUUUACCUGGGAACAGGUAGUACUGUAUGGAAACUGGGUGUAAAAAAAAGAUCUAAAAUGAAUGAAACACUGGACCUGAACAUUACUCUUGAGGAUGGUGGAAACUGGACUUUUGUCAAUGGUUCCAAUGAAUUCUUCUUACCUCAGAACAAUGUUACAUACGUUGGAUAUUACCUGCAUCAGCCAUCUGUAGCAGCAGUGUUCAUUGUUUCCUACCUGCUCAUAUUCCUGGUCUGCAUGGUUGGAAAUGGAGUGGUGUGUUUUAUUGUGUUACGGAGCAAAAACAUGCGCACCGUCACCAACCUUUUCAUCCUCAACCUCGCCAUCAGUGACCUUCUUGUUGGGAUUUUCUGCAUGCCCACAACUCUUCUUGACAACAUUAUUACAGGUUGGCCGUUUGGAAGCAUGGUCUGCAAAAUGAGUGGUAUGGUCCAGGGCAUAUCAGUCUCAGCCUCCGUUUUCACCUUGGUUGCCAUUGCGGUUGACAGAUUCAGAUGUAUUGUGUAUCCCUUCAAGCAAAAACUGACAAUAUCAACAGCCACUCUCAUUAUUGUGAUAAUCUGGGUCCUGGCAGUGUCCAUCAUGUGCCCCUCUGGCGUAAUGCUUCAGGUGACUAAAGAACAAACCAUUCGUGUGUUCCUGGGAGAUGGCAACCGAACAAGUCCUUUUUACUGGUGCAGGGAAAACUGGCCUAACCAGGAGAUGAGGAAAAUCUACACCACCGUCCUGUUUGCCAACAUUUACCUGGCUCCUCUGUCGCUCAUAGUGAUCAUGUAUGCAAGGAUUGGAAUCACUCUGUUUAAAACGGCCAUGCCAGCAGGGGCCAAACCGGGCCAUGAUAACCGUCACUCUGUGUCGAAGAAAAAACAAAGAGUGAUCAAAAUGCUCCUCAUCGUGGCCUUGCUCUUCAUCUUGUCCUGGUUGCCUCUGUGGACGCUGAUGAUGCUAACAGACUAUGUGAAACUUACUGAACAUCAGUACAAGCUUAUUAACAUUUACAUUUACCCUUUUGCCCACUGGUUAGCUUUUUUCAACAGCAGCGUCAACCCGAUAAUCUACGGGUACUUCAAUGAGAACUUCCGCCGUGGAUUUCAGGCUGUGUUUAAGUUCGGCCUGUGUCCUGUCGGAGGUCAGCAUCGGACCUAUUCUCACAGGGUGCAGGGCAAUUCUGUGCAACCGGUGAACCCACAACCCUCCACAGAGCCCAUCUCUCUUAACAGCCUGGAGAACAACAGCUCGAGGAGGAUGAACCAUGUCAACGAGCAAGACUUAGUGAUGGAAGAUUUAGAGAAAGUGUCUGAAUGCAGCAUGGAAGGAGCUUCUCUUUAAGGGGCUUAGUAGAGAAGAAUACUGUAGAAGGGCAGCAAGCUCAUUGCAUCUCAAAUGACAGACUAAUUAUUUACUUACAGUUUUAAAAUGACAUUGUUAACAUUAUACAGUUGUGUAUAAAAUGGAUUUUAUUUAUUUUGAAUAGUCAUUUGCUGCUAACAUGAAUGUACUUACUGAUGUUGUCAGUAAGAUUGGGCACAUCUGGCAGUUUAUCAACUGUAGUCUUGUAAACUUUACAAUCAAAUUCAUUAAAAAAAACUGUUACAUUGUUGUAAAAUUAUGUAUAUAUACAGAAUCAUUAAGUGCAUUCACUACUUUAUAGUGAUGUAAACAUCUGGGGUUUUGCAGUACAUCAUUUUAUUUAUUGAUUUAUUUUUAUAUGCGGAUAAAAGUAUCAGAAUUGCCAUAAUCCAGAAUCAUUCAUUGUUUCUGGAUUACAAUGUGGGAUUUUAGGCACAGUACUUGCAUAUUAAUACUAAAAUUAUACCUUCAUCCCUCUUCUGUUAUAUGAUCCCUUAAAACGCUGGAAUAAGAAAGUAAUAAUCAUAGUAAGUCACACUUGCCUUUCUGCCCUAACUGACAGUAGUUUGGGCAACAAGAAUAUUUGAAGCACAUGAGUCUGGAUGUAGCACUGUGAUUCACUUGCCUAAAGCUUAGUGUUCUUCAAGCAUGCUUUCUAUUCAAGUUUGUUUGUGCCAAAACCAUCCAUUACCUUUUUUUUUACCCUCUCUUUUUGCAUGUUAAAUAACUUAUGAGAAUUCUCUUCUGCUCACCAAGCCUGCAU